AUGAUUUCAGGGUUGUUGCCAUCAUGGUGAUGUACUGCAUAUCUGGUGGUCAAGCCCGAGACUGUUUAAUUUUUUUGUCUCGUGUGUUUGGCUUUCUGUUCACUUUGUUCCAUCUCUCCAUACGCCGGGAUGCUCUGUGUGCUUUGCUUCAUUGUCCCAUACCAGAAGUUGGCUUACUAUUUGUUUUUGUCAGCCACUAGAACAAUUGCUCAGGCCUGGAAAAGCCCGUUUGUCCCUCUUCAGGGGGUGCGGGACCGUAUGACCACUAUGAUGCUCAAUGAACAGAUGUCGAGUAUCUGCAACGACUCCCAACGUAAAUUCUUGAAAAUAUGGGAGCCGUGGUUGCAAUAUGCCUUUCCCACGCUCCCCCGGCUAGUCUGGGGACGUGAU